UGAACUCACGUCGUCCUUGUACACCUCUUUAGGGUUUGGGUGCAGAAGAAGAAGCUCUGAUCUCUGUUCACACAAAAAGGCAUUCAAUCAUUCAUUCUCCAAAGGGUGCGUUCCGGUGGAUUUCUGAGUUCAAGGCCUCUUCCUUCCAGCUGUGAGGCCUAUAUUGGACUCCUUUGAAAUAUCCAAGCAAGUUCCUGAACCUGUCCUAAGUGGUGUGAGUAUCAAAUUUUGUAAAAUGUUGAUCUAGGCAUGGGGAUCUGGGAUUUCAUUCAUUAAUGAGUAUGGAAAUAGGUAGAGAUGAUGGCCGCACAGCAAACCAGCUGAGACCACUAGCUUGUUCUCGCAACAUCCUCAAUCGUGCUCAUGGCUCUGCAAGUUGGUCUCAAGGAGAUACCAAAGUUCUUGCAGCUGUUUAUGGCCCAAAAGCAGGAACAAAAAAGAAUGAAAACCCUGAGAAGGCUUGUAUUGAAGUUGUUUGGAAACCCAAGACAGGGCAGAUUGGGAAACCAGAAAAGGAGUAUGAGGUGAUACUGAAGAGGACUUUGAAAAGCAUCUGCCUUUUGAAUAUCAAUCCAAAUACCACUACCUCAAUUAUAAUUCAGGUUGUCAGUGAUGAUGGUGCUCUUCUGCCAUGUGCCAUAAAUGCGGCAUGUGCAGCCCUUGUAGAUGCUGCAAUUCCUCUCAAGCAUCUUGCUGUUGCAAUAUGUUGCUGUCUGACAGAAAGCGGAUAUGUUAUACUAGACCCAACCAAGGUAGAAGAGCAGAAAAUGAAGGCAUUUGCAUACUUAGUCUUCCCCAAUUCAGCGAUCUCAAUCAUUCCAGAAGGAUCGUCACACAUGGAAGGGGAGCUGAUGGAACAUGGGAUCAUCACAUCUGUUACACAUGGAGUAAUGUCAGUGGAUGAUUAUCUUCACUGUCUUGAACGAGGACAGGCUGCAAGCACAAAGAUGUCAGCUUUUCUAAGGAGAAGCUUGCAAUCACAAGCCCCAAAUGACUCAUCUAGGGCUGGAUGAUUUCUAGGAGAUUGAGGGUUUCUGUGUGGAAGCUCAACCGGUGGAAAAUCAAUUGAUGCCAUUUUUUUUCCCUUCGGCACUGAUUGUUUCUAGUAUUGGAAGUUCUAUUUAUGGAUACGAGCCCAUUAGAAAGAGGUCACAGAACGUUCCAAUUUGCCAAGACUUCAAGGUGGCUUUUUGGUUCUCUCUCUCCCCAUCUUGACGGGUGGAUUAUUGUAGGAACAUGUUCUAAUUAAAGCAGUGUAUUACCAUCAGUUAAUCUAACGUAUGACGAAGGAUCCACAUUUGGUUGUCACUGUUGCUUUUGUAUUUUUGUAUUUUUUUUCAUUCUAUUUUAACAAAUGUUGAUUAAAAAUUUAAUGGGACACUUGUUUAAGUGGACGAUUGAAGUGUGUAUGCAGCUUACCUUCAAGA